GACUACUAUUUGAUCAUUUGAUGCUACUUGUUAAAUGUCCACGUUGCUUUCGCUGCCCGGCUAGCUAUUCGUGAUAUUUUAGGAAACUGUGAAGAUCUAUAAAAAGGAGCAAAAAUGACCUUGACAUGGAUUGAGAAGUAUAAACUCAUUACUAGAAAUCUUGGAGAAUGGUUGGGAGAUGAAAAACUGAAAAGUAUCCUGAAGGAACGUGAUCUCAAAUUGUAUUGGGGUACAGCUACAACUGGGAGGCCUCACAUCGGCUACUUUGCACCUAUGUUCAAGAUAGCUGACUUUCUACGAGCUAGAGUAGAGGUGACAAUUCUCUUCGCCGAUCUUCAUGCAUAUUUGGAUAACAUGAAAGCACCCUGGGAACUUUUGGAGCUACGUACUCAAUAUUAUGAAGCUGUAAUCAAGGCAAUGUUGAAGUCCAUCGAUGUUCCGUUAGACAAAUUAAAGUUUGCCAAAGGCACGGAUUAUCAGUUGUCAAAGGAAUAUACAUUAGAUGUUUAUCGUUUGAGCUCGCUUGUGACAGAGCAUGAUGCAAAGAAAGCUGGUGCAGAAGUUGUCAAGCAGAUCUCUAAUCCUCUACUAUCCGGUCUUCUUUAUCCAGGAUUACAAGCACUUGAUGAGCACCAUUUGAAGGUAGACGCGCAAUUUGGUGGCGUGGAUCAGAGAAAAAUUUUCACUUUUUCGGAAAAAUAUCUGCCUAUGAUGGGAUACGAAAAAUGUAUCCAUUUGAUGAAUCCAAUGAUUCCCGGUUUGGCAGGUGCGAAAAUGUCUUCGUCCGAAGAAGAUUCCAAGAUUGAUCUGUUGGACAAUGCUGCGACGGUGAAGAAAAAGUUAAAGAAAGCGUUUUGCGAACCUGGAAAUGUUACAGACAAUGGGGUCUUAGCAUUUUCCAAACACGUUAUAUUCCCAUUAUUUAAAGAUGAUGAUAUUUUCAAUGUACCAAGAACUGCAGAAUUUGGUGGCAAUGUGUCCUUUUCAAAGUAUGAGGAUUUGGAAGCCGCCUUUGUGAAGCAGGAGAUACAUCCUGGUGAUUUGAAAAAUGCUGUAGAAAUAUACAUCAACAAACUCCUGGAUCCAAUAAGAAAGGAAUUCGAAGCAAACUCAAAGUUAAAAUUACUUGCAAGCAAAGCAUAUCCUCCAUUAAAAAAACAAAAAGUUGUAGAGGUAGAAAUUACUCCUGCGAGAUUGGAUAUCCGGGUGGGCAAAAUAGUCGAAGUUAAAAAGCAUCCAGAUGCGGACUCACUCUACAUUGAGAAAAUAGAUUUAGGCGAAUCAAAUGGUCCACGUACCAUAGUCAGUGGAUUAGUUAACUUUGUACCUUUGAAUGAGAUGGAAAACAGAAUGGUGGUGAUCCUUGCCAACUUAAAACCAGCGAAUCUCAGGGGAAUUUCAUCACAUGGAAUGGUUCUCUGUGCUUCAGUUGAGGAACCAACAAGGCAAGUAGAGCCUUUGAGACCUCCUGCAGACAGUAUGCCUGGUGAUAAAAUUAUUAUCGAGGGAUAUAAAGAUGGGACAGCGGAUGAUGUGUUAAAUCCAAAGAAGAAAGUGUGGGAAAAGCUGCAGGUUGAUCUUGUGGUAAAUGGAGAUGGUGUAGCCUCUUGGAAUGGAAACCCACUGCUCACUUUGACGGGUGGCAAAAUAAUAAGUGAUACUCUCAGAAAUGUUCCGAUUAAAUAAUGAAGUUAUAAUUAGCUUUAUUUUUCAUUACAUCAAUUAGCUAGAAAUCUGUUAGUUUUGAUCAUGAAAUGUUUCGCUUUUUAUAUUUUUCUAGCACUUAAUAGGCGUACACACUUUAAUACACACAAAAGUAGAAUUAUAAAAGUUUGAUCAACAAUAAUUUAUAUAUGUAUAAUAUAUAUACAAUAUGUAAAAUAAAUA